AACAGGAUCAUGUUUCAGUAGUUUCAGAACUCUUCAUUUUAAUGUUAUUAAAAGAAAUAAGCAUUUUCUUAAUCAUAUCAGCUGUAGUACACUCAGAGGCGGAUGAUUAUACCUACCAAGAAUACAGUGAAAUUGCUGAAACCAUCGAAGAUAAAGGAUCCAGACUUGUGAAUGCUGCAGAAAGUAGUAUGAAUGAAUUCCCAUUUAUGGGGGCCUACUAUUGGAUGAAAAAGAACGAUUUAAAAUCAGACGUUAAGUGCACAGUUUCGUUGUUGAGUCCUACAUUUGCCAUCACUGCUGCUCAUUGCUUUUUCGAGCCAAAUGAUGUUAUGGCUAAAGAUUGUGAAGGAAAAAUUUUCCCCGCCAAAAAGGCCAGAUCAGAUGCAAGAGCAGAUGCAGAUGCAAGAACAGAUGCUAAAGCAGAGGCAGCUCGAACCACCAAUAUCAGCUGUAAAAGUUACCCUUCGGGAGAUUUAAAGAUCUGGUUGGAGGACGAUUCAGAUCUAUGGUAUGUUCUUUUUGGUGCAGUCACAGCGACAAGACAAAAUGGAUAUCAUACAGAAGGGAAAAUACAUGAUAUUGAUUACUUUAUAAGGCAUAAGGACUCGUAUGGUAUGCCAGAUAAUGAUAUGGGAGGCUACGAUAUAGGGUUGUUAAAGUUAAAGGAAGCCUAUACAGCUGGAAUCCCUAUAUGCUUACCUGGGCCUAACUUUCAAGAUACACUUAUAACAUCUAGACUUGCUGGUUACGGUAAAUACUACAGGAAAAAAUGUCAAACUGGCACUAAGGGUCCAAUGAAGAACCAUUACUGCCUGACUAGUAAAAAAUGUUGGGAUGCUUUAGAUUUUAACUGUGAACCAGAGUUUACACUCGGUCAUCAAAUAAUUCCAAUGAAGGGUUGUCAAAAACAGUCAACCCCAGCUCAAUACUCAAGAUUGUGUGAACGGGCAACUCUUAAGGGAGGUGUGCAACACCGAUCUGGAGACGAUGAAAUACAUUUAUUCUACUUUCCUGUUGAUAAAGGUGGAAAAGAUGGAGUAUUUUUGGAAACUUGUUACAGAAAAGAUUCUGAUGAGUUUGGUUGGUGCAGAACCGAGGGAAAUUUAUACAAGAGCUUUCUUGGAAGUGAGAAGACAGAGAGAAUCAGUUCUGAUUUUGGUUGGGGAUUUUGCUCUAAUGAAUGCACACAGCAACUUGUUGAGUCAAAUACGGGAGUGCUUCGUAACAUAGAUGAUGCUGAUGUUUUAAGUGAGAAAUUUUGUGACUCACUCCUCAAAGAAUCAGAAGAGGUUUAUGGCACAAAGUAUUCAAUAAAACCAGAGGUUUUAUGCAUUGGACGUAUGAACAAGCUGAAAUACCAGGCGUUCUACACCCAUGAUGACCCGUAUGGAAACACCACACAAUGGGGUAAACUUGAUGAUGAAUUCUUUGCUGCUAAUCCUCAAGUUAUAAAGGACAUAUAUAAAAGAACUCAAAUAGAUGUUGACAGUAAAGGAUAUUAUGUGUCAUCAGUAGGAUCAUGUCAGGGAGACAGUGGUGGACCUGUUUUCCAGAAUCUGGAGGUGACCAACAAAACGUUUAUUCUGACUGGAAUUACAAACGGGGGAGUGGGUAGAGGGGAAUUUAAUUCUAUUGAAGCAACUUGUGGAGGCUUUAAUAAUCCUACUCUUUACACUAGAAUGAGAAGUUUCACAGGCUGGGUACAGACCUAUAUAAAUGAGACCGUGUGUGUGGUUGAUCAAAUAAAAGAUUUUAAUAAAACUAUGGAAGAGCUAAGAGCAAAGCUGAAGAAAGCUGGUGUUCAUGAAGAACUUUAAGAACAAAAUAAAUGAAAAACAUUCAUUAAAUAAAUAAUUUGGAAUGCA